AUGUUCAAGUCCGCCGUACGAGCUGCGCCUAGACGCAUACUACCAUCCCGAACAGUCGUCAACAACUCUCGAACACGAUUUCUAAGCACAGCUCCCCCGACGCAGAAGUCGAGGAGUUGGAAGAGCAGUGCUGCAAGAUGGGCAUUAGCUGCUGGAGCGGUCUACUAUUACAAUACGAGUAGUUUGUUUGCGGAGGAACCCGAGGCUUCUAUUCAAAAACUCGAUGAAUCGAUACACCAUAUACAAGAUUCGGAGCUGCCGACGGUAGAUGCGAUUGUAGAAGAGAAGAGACAACGGUACGCUCAGCGGAUCGCUGAAGAACAACAGAAACAAGCGGCAGAAACAAUGGCCGAGGGAGGCGAGGAACAGGCUGAAGAGGAGGGAGAAGAGGAGGGCGGUAUGGAUGGUUUAGAGGAAGAGGCAGGUCAACAAGGGGCAUUUAAUCCGGAGACUGGGGAGAUUAAUUGGGAUUGCCCAUGUUUGGGAGGCAUGGCACACGGUCCUUGUGGGGAUGAGUUCAAAGAAGCUUUCAGCUGUUUUGUGUACUCUGACCAGGAGCCAAAGGGCGUGGAGUGUAUAGAGAAGUUCAAGGGUAUGCAGGACUGUUUCCGCCAACACCCUGAGAUGUAUGGCGCGGAGUUGGAAGAUGAUGAGGAGGAGGUAGAGGAGGAACUUCGUGCGAGAGAAGCGUCGCCGGCACCAGGAGAUGAAGCUCCUCAAUCAGCGCCCAAGACAUCCCAGGAGCCACCAAAGGAAGCAGCCGCGCCAACACCUGCACCCCCAGCGGAAGAGCAGAAAAAACCUAUCCUGGAUGCACCAGAAGUACAUGUCGAUACUGCGAAAGAAACGGUCGGCGAGUCACAAGAUUCUGGGGAUGAAGGUAGCCAACUGUUGCCCAAGGCAGCACACGAUGCCACAAAAUAG